AUGGGAGGACACCUGUAUAAGAUUCAGGAAAGUGUGAGGAAGGUCCUCAGUGGAACCUCAACCCAGCACGUUAUCGUGAUAGAGUCUACAGAUGCAGAGGCUGUAAGUCCAGGGGUCAAGCAGGAGAGGUCUGAAGGAGAGGAAAACCCACGGCACAGCAGAGACAUCCAGACUGGAGCGGCUAGAGCACCCCCUUUAGCCACGGAGAACCCCACCACCACCCCAGCGCAGCCCAGGAACCGAUGCAGCAUCACGGAGGAGGAGGAGGCUCCCGAGGUGCUGCUGGUGAAGGAGGAGGGGUGUGAGGAGGGUCUGGAGAACCCUGAGGGGACCAUGGUCAUAGAUGACAACCAGACUACACCUCCUCCUGAACCCACAGAGGAACCAACUGAGCAGCACAGGACCACACACAGUCUCACUGAGUCAGUAGACAUGGAGGAUGGGAAGCCUGAUCUGCUGCUAGUCAAAGUGGAGACAGUAGAGGACGGACCAGAGAGCAUUGAUCUGCUGAGUGGACUAAAGAUGGGGGAGCAAGGUGGUUGGCUGGAGGCUGACAGAGGAGACUGGGCGGCCAUCUUGGAUUCCCAGACCCAGACGGGUGCAGACAAGGGCCUAAGGGACAACAUCACCGAGCAGGCCAGGACCAGAGGCAACAUAGUGGAGGUCAGUGGAUGGAACAGCGCCCUCAACUCUGGGCUGGGGAACAACACUAUUAACCACAACCAGAAACAGACUGUCGAACACAAAACAACAACCAAACUUAGUCUCCAUGACAACAGACUGGCUGAGACCAGGGCUUGGCAUACAUUUCGAGGUGUCCGUAAGCGGCAGGAGAGAACGGACACAGACUCGGCUAGCGAUGCUCCGUCCUGCUCCUAUAGUUGUGAUUCAGAGAGACUGAUGGCGCCUCAGGUUAACCCCCUAACAGGUGCUGCCUUCAGCCUGCCUUCUAUAGGAUCUAUCAACUGGAACAUGGACCCUGCGACAACACAGACACUCCCUGGCCUUCAUCCUCCUCAUACUCUCCUAAUGUUAAACCAGACCUCAGACAAUGCCAUUGCCUCAACACUAAAUGGCUACACAAGCCCUUUGACAAAUGAGAGUAGUAGAGACGGAAUCUGUGGGAAAGCCUUCAGUUUCCCCAAACAGGUGGAGAUCCACCAAAGGAAGCACACAGUGGAGAAACCAUUCGGCUGUCACCUGUGCAGGGCUAGUUUCUCACACUUGUUCAACCUGAAGAGGCACCAAAGGGUCCACACAGGGGAGAAACCCUUCAGCUGCCCCCAGUGUGAGAAGAGGUUCUCCCACCAGCACCAGCUGAAGAUGCACCUGAAGGUCCACACUGGAGAGAGGCCAUUCGCCUGUACGCACUGCGGGAAGAGGUUCUCAGAGAGGAGCUACCUCAGGAUACACCAGCAGAAAGUGCACAGGGCCCAUGUAUAGAGUAUAGUGACAUGUAAUGUAGUACUAAUUAGCUUGUAGUUAAUUAUGUUGGUUUUACAGUGGGGGAAAAAAGUAU